AAUUAUAAUAGGUUGAAGAGCCUGUUCCCAAAAAAAAACUUAAAUAUACCUAAGUAGUUAAUCUGUAUAUCAGGCGCUAAGAUAGCCGUCAUGUUAGUAGAUUUUACUACUUAUAUAGAAGCGUACGAGAACCUUAAUGCAAGUGAAGGCUCAUUGGCGAUCAGUGGCGGACGUAGAUAACAAUGAAUAGUAACAUUAUCUGUUUUCGGUCCAAUGUUUUAAUUUUAUUUUUAUCUUUAUUGUUUUUAGUUAACGGAUCAGACUUUAAAUGCAAGAAUGGCCAUUUAAGACUAGUGAUAGACCACGACGCGGGGGCGGACGAUGCGAUGGCCAUAUUCAUAGCCGCGCUGUAUGAACAGCGGUGCCAGUGCCGGGGUCCCAAACUAGUGGCUAUCACGACCACCCACGGCAACGUGGACGAGCCCCAGGCCUACAACAACACGCAGCGAAUACUCGGCGUGCUGGGACGAAACGUACCAAUAUACAGGGGAGCGAACGACUCGAUACUGAUAAACCAGCCGAGCGACCACUUCUUCGGUAUAGACGGUCUGGGUGACACUGAGUACGGCGUACACUAUGAAGCUAUUGAAGCGCAGCCUCAAGUCGCUGCUAAUGCACUCAUUGAGCUGUCCAACAAAUAUAAAGGUGAGCUGGUGGUAGUGGCUCUAGGAGCUCUGACGAACAUCGCUCUAGCAAUCAGACUGGACCCUUUCUUCAUAAAGAGGCUAGCUCAUCUUUAUGUCGGAGCCGGAAAUAUUCAAAGUCCUUCAGAGUCGCGUCCGGAGUUCAAUGUGAAGGCAGACGUGGAGGCGUACCACAUCGUAGCCGGCAGCUCUAACCCCGACCUGGUCACCUUCAUACCGCUGUCACAGGUCCCUAAGGUUACUAAGGAAUGGCGGGAGGACGUCUUCGGCAGUAUCAAGAGCAAGCCAGUGGAAGCUAUGAACGCCUUCGAGCGAGUGGUCCAGACUAAGAACCGGCCGUGGGGCAUGCUGGACCCGGCCGCCAUGGCUCUAGCCCUGGGCGUGCCGCUUGAGGAGGUGUAUGACUACUCGGAUAACAGCGUCGUUGUGUGUGGUGACAGCAGAGGUAUUACCACCAAUGUUUUUGGUUUCAAGAACGAAUCAAAUAUUCGAAUCCUAAAUACUUUCGACAAAGAUUUGUAUAAGAAAUUUUUGAUAGACCUUUUUUCGGAAGAAUAGUAAGAGAUAGGAUACAAUAAGGGAGUGAGUGAGAUAUCCACUAUCUCAUUGCAUAUCUUUUGUGGAUAUCACCGUCAAAGGAGAUUAUGGUGCAAGUGCAAGUAACUUAUGGUGUUAAGAUUACUAAAGCCUAAAUACCUAGCCUACUAUUGACAGACAGCAAUAGCUGAUGCCUACUCAUAACUUAUGGUUCUGUAAUUUAGCGAAAUAAAUAAAAUACUUAUGUUUUUUUAAUGUUA